UUGCUCGUAUUUUUUUUAUUCCGCCAAGAUCGAAAGGAGCGUCGAGGUGGUGGAGUAUGUUGUCUGGUUAGCGGCAACCUGUGUGUUCAUCGUGUUGAACAAGUCAACCCAAUCAAAGCCGACGUUCUCUGCCUGGAAAUUUUCAGUCCUCCUAAGGCCACUCAUUUCCGGUUCACCGUAGUGUAUCGUCCCCCGAACUCUACAAGGCGUGAAGACGAUAGUCUUGUUGAUGUUCUCCGUGAGAUGGUUUCCGCUCAGGUCAUCUCUAUAAUUGUGGGCGAUUUCAAUCUACAGGCUGACUGGAAAAACCUACGGGCAGAUAACGCUUCCUCAGCUGCCUUUCUGGAUUUCUUCCAAGAAAGUGGUCUCGAACAACACGUCCUCCAACCAACGCAUGGCAACAACACCCUUGACUUGGUAUUGUCCACUUCGCACAGCAUACAAAACGUGUCACUUCUUCCUCCUCUUGCAAAUUCCGACCAUGCCUCCGUUCGCUUCGAGUUACUGGAGGGGUUCAGUGAUGCUGCACUCCUCCCUACUCCUGAUUUUCUAAAAGUGAACUAUGACCGCCUAAAUGAGUAUCUUUCGAAUGUUGAUUGGCUUGGUCUAUUCAACAACUACGUUUCCAUGGACGACAUUUACCGGAGAUUCUGCAAGACCGUCUACAAGGCGUUGACCUUAUUCCGUUUGCAUCAGUACGUUCGCUGCAAGUUCAAAUCCAAGACACCCCUUCCCACACUGAAGGACCUAUGUGGUUCCACACUUUUCAGCGAACCUUCAAAGGCUCAAGCACUUGGUAAAUAUUUCGCCAGUGUUUUCUCAGCUCCAGUUUCUUCUACAGGAGUCCUGGAGUACGGUGCAGCUAGUUCUCAAAGCGGGGACUUUGAUAUUUAUUUCCACCCCAGAGAUGUCUAUAUAGUUCUGAAAAAACUUAAGCCUUCCCUCAGUGAGCCUUUUGAUGUUGAACGAAUGUGUGAGUGGUCAGCAUCCUGGGAUAUACCGCUGAACCUGAGAAAAUGCUUCGUCAUGCAUUUUGGAGAU